UCUGUGUGCCUACGAAAAUGAACAAAAGUCAAAACAAACCAAACUCAGCACUUCAGUUUUGCGUGGCUCACUCAUAAUCAAUUUAGAGAAAAUUCAAGAACAAAACGUCCUACUCAGAAUACUGUGAAGCCAUCCCAUCUCGACAUUUCCCACUUACAGAUUUGAGUAUGGCUCUGCAUUUCAUCAGUAGCAGUGCAUGCUUGUUCUGUGGUCUGAGUCAGAGGAAAGCACUGAGAGUGAGAACCGUAGCUUCUGAGGAUGCAACUGCUGUUAAAACUGUUGGUGAGGAAGAUAAGGUGAAGUUGGGUGGUUCAGAUUUGAAGGUUACUAGGCUUGGGAUUGGGGCUUGGUCCUGGGGUGACACCAGCUACUGGAACAACUUUGAAUGGGAUGACAGGAAGAUGAAGGCUGCUAAGGGAGCUUUUGAUGCGAGUAUAGAUUGUGGUAUUACAUUCUUUGACACUGCUGAAGUUUAUGGCUCAAGGGUGACUUUUGGUGCAGUAAAUUCUGAAACACUGCUAGGAAGGUUUAUCAAGGAAAGGAAAGAAAGGAAUCCACAGGUGGAAGUUGCAGUUGCGACCAAAUUUGCAGCACUACCAUGGAGGUUUGGUCGUCAAAGUGUCCUUACUGCUCUUAAAGAUUCCCUCUGCCGUCUCGGACUGUCAUCAGUUGACCUUUAUCAGCUACAUUGGCCUGGCAUAUGGGGAAAUGAAGGAUACAUUGACGGCCUUGGAGAUGCUGUGGAGCAAGGCCUUGUGAAGGCUGUUGGAGUAUCUAAUUAUACUGAGAAACGACUUCGUGAUGCAUAUGAGCAACUUAAAAAGAGAGGCAUCCCACUGGCCUCCAACCAGGUCAAUUACAGUCUCAUAUAUAGGGCUCCAGAGGAAAAUGGUGUAAAGGCAGCCUGUGAUGAACUUGGUGUCACUCUCAUUGCAUAUUCACCUAUUGCUCAAGGUGCCCUAACAGGGAAGUAUACCCCAGAAAACCCUCCUUCUGGCCCUCGAGGACGGAUUUAUACUUCUGAGUUCUUGGUCAAACUGCAACCUCUGAUAAACAGAAUACAGGAGAUAGGAGAGGCAUAUGAUAAAACACCAACUCAGGUUGUCCUGAACUGGUUGAUCGCCCAAGAGAAUGUUGUUCCCAUCCCAGGGGCUAAAAAUGCAGAGCAAGCGAAGGAGUUCGCGGGUGCACUUGGUUGGAGGCUUGGCAACGAGGAGAUCGAUGAGCUCCGAUCAUUGGCGUCGAAAAUACGACCCGUUAUGAGUCGAGUUUAGAUCAAUGUUUUCAGAACCGGACCGGACCGGCCGGUUCGACCGAUUGGACCGCGAACCGGCCAUGUCACCGGUCCGGUCUAAUGCUAAAGCCGGAAGCUCAUGAAGAACCGUUGAAACCCGGACAAACCGUGUGAACCGUUAAGAACCGUGAACCGGCGAUUUUUUAAAUUCUUCAACAAAAUAUCAAGAAUGGUGUAGCUAUGAUUCGAACCUGGGCCUCCAAAUUUGGAUAUGACAAUCUUACCGCUGGACUGUAGUUAAGUUUGUUGAGAAUUCUACUUGACUAAAAAAUAUAUUAAAACAUCAAGUUCUUCUCUUUUUUUUUU